AUGCCCCACCUGCAGGAAACCCGUGUCAUGAUGGAUCACGGCUGUAACAUCAUCAAUGCUGGAAGGGACUGUGGGCGUGGAGUGGAGGAGAAAGAGGAGGAGGAGGAAGAGGACAAAGAGAACGAAGACAAGAACGAUAACAAUGGCCGUGGGAUCCUUGCUUCUUUUUACAGCCUGAACCGACCGUCUUCCGUUACCAAGAGACCCUUGGAAGGCCGUGCAAUCAGUACUCCUGAACAGUCCAUUAACAACGUGACCUUCGGAGCCGGAGUCAGCCAAAUUAGUUUGAACCUCACAUCGCCUUCUUGUAAAGUCAAAGAACCAGAAACUUCACAGGAACAUAUCAUUUGCUUGACCUCACCAGAUAAGUUGUUGCCCCAGCCUCCACAAUGGAGGGUGACUUCUCCGAGAAGAAGCAGUCCAUCCAGUUUAAGUCUGCGGAGAUCCAGCCGUAGAACGCCCCGGCAACCAACGAAAUGACCGUUUUUCUCCCCCCAGCAAGAAUGCCACUUGCCUUACAAGCAGAAUCAUGUUUCUAGAGCGGUCUCUGCACCUUUUGGAAGAUCAUCGAUCAAUGCCUCCUAACUCUUGCUUUUUAUUCUCCCCCUUGUCGAGCUUGCUUGCUUUUAUAAUCGGUGUGCUAUAAAUAAUGUGUUUAGUAGCACUGCAGCUGGAAAUAACCUAUUGCUGCGUAGCUAGACAACCACCUCCCUUCCCCCCCCUAUAUUUUAUUUGAUACGUGGAUGACCUCUGGAGUAAUUGUGUUAAUUGGGGCCCAUGAAACACUUAUAGGUUUGGCACCAGACCUUUGGCGAUGGGACACGUAUUGGCCCGGCGUUCCAAGUCUUUCCCGCAGCCAACAUCUAAGCGCUAAGCUUAAUUUCACAUCCUCGUUUUGCAUCGGUUGGAGGGAUGGUGAAAUCUAAAGUCGUAUGGGAGAAAAGAUAUUGUUCUCUGGUCUAGGCCAGACCAU